AUGUGUCAAUUUGUUGUUAUUCAGGGUCUUCCUGCUGGCAGUUACACUGAUCUCUCCUUGAAAGUGUGCUUGCCCACUAAAAACGAACUUCUUCCAUUCUUAGAUAAGAAUGCCAGCCGUGCCGAACAACUCUGGGACCUUUUCGUGAGCUCUCGCGCGAGAUCCGGGGAGAUUCCUCUAGUCAUAGCCGCCCGCAUUUUCGAUCGCCCAAUCAACCAUUUGAGUGCCAAGGAAAUGAACGAUUUACUGCACGAUUCCAAAGACGGAAUGAUUGGAUGCCACUGGAUUUACGCCACAGUAUCACAGCAGAACUGA